GGCAACACCGGUAACAAUACCAGGACAAAACCUGGUUGCAAUUUCAGACCUGGCACCGACACUGCCACAUCGCGAUUGGCUAACAUCACUCGUAAACGAAGCCAACUACCUGUUUUACAUUUCGGUAGCAAACCCAACCUUUAAUUUAUUUUUAUCUUAAUCGAAAUCUUAAUCUAAAUUUAAAUACCACAAACAGGUACAGUAAUCAAAAUAAACGAAAUUUUAGUGAAUAGGGGACUAUUUAUUAUCAGUGAGUUCGUGAAGUGUAGCGAUGACUAUAAACAAAGUAAGUGUGGGGAAGGGAAAGGGUAAGGAAGUCGCCAAGAAGAAUGAAGUCUCAAAAAGCAAAAAUGAAGUCUCAACUUCAAGCACAACCGACCUGUCUCGAAAAAGCUCGACAUCCUCUCUAAAACACUCGGCAGAGGUAGUUUCCUCUUCGAGUAUUAUUGAAGAAACGAAAAAUGUCGCUGAAUCAGAAAAGAGAACCAAAACUUUGGAAAAGACUAGUUCGAGUCGUGAAGUUAUCAUGGAUUCCAAAGGAAACAUCAUCAAAGUUAUUGAGAGCAAACCUACGACGGUUGUCCAAAAGGCAUCCACUUCGAGGUCCGGAAAGGCUUGCCAUGAACUGAUCGUUGGAGAACAAAGUCAAAGUGUGAAAGAGAGGAUGGAAAUUCAAGGAAAAGAUGAUAGGAUUGUCGAGACUCAAAAUCAUCAAUCAAAAAUUGAUAAAUCCAGAAGUGAUCAAUCAAAAAAAACUGGUCACUUUAAAUCAACAGGUCACUCAAGCCAGAGUGUUCAAUCUUCACACUCAGAGAGUUUUCACAUUUCUUCAGAUUCCUCUAGUCAAGGCGUAUCUUCGAAAGAGCCUUACAAAACAUCUUCAAAAUCAAUCGAGAAUUGUGAAUCGACAAGCAUUGUCACCGAAGGUCACACGAAAGACGGAGAGACAGUAACAAGUACGAUAAGAAUAGACGAGACAGGUCAGAGGAUUGACGAUAAUGGGAUUGUUGUUUCCACCACUAGUCAAAACAUUGAUAGUGACAUAAGAGUUGAUAAGGAUAGAAAAAGCAUUGAGAAAAAUAACUCUCGCAGAAAACUCGGAGACUCAGCUUGGGAUGGUAAGUUUGUCUAUAAAAAACCCUCUCCUACAAGCAAAAUAGUGGAUCUUGUCCAUACUGGUCAAGAACAUAGUCACAAAGAUCACCAAACUCAUCAAAGUCAUAUGUAUCAUGAUGAACACUUUUCCUCCAGCUCAAGUGUUCAUGAAACCCACUCUUCAGAAUCUGUGAUCAAAAGUGAGAAUACAUCUAUGAAUCAGGAAACAGACAAAACAGGUUUUGCAGGAAGAGACUCUCGCAGAUCAAAUCACAGUCCAACCCGGUACACAAAACCCGGGGAUUCAACCUGGGACGGGAGUUUUGUUUUAGAAAAGCAGGAACCCAAGAAGAAAACAGUUUCCUACGUUCUUAGAGAUUCUAAAAAUGUAUCCGACACAAAAGUUACCGAUUCUUCUAGAUUUAUAACCGAAGAGAAAUUGGACAUCAAGGAUGGUAGGAUUCGGGAAACUAACAUUCAAGAGAGCAGUGAUUCUAAAUCCCCAACGAGAAAAGUUACGAGACCUGGUGAUUCGACCUGGGAUGGUCACUUCGUUUACGAGAAGCCGCUGGAGAAACGAACGAACGAUACGACGGUUGUGCGAACGACCGAGAAACGAAACGAUUCUGUCGAGGUGCAGGAUGUAACGGAAGAGCAGAAUGUCCAGGAAUCAGUCUCGUCAUCUUAUAUUAUUGAAUAUAAUUUAGCGGGAGAUGCUAGACAAGUGGAGAACGUGACAACGGUUUCGGAAGUGAUACUUGAGGAAGAUGAUGGACCAGGAAGUCCUAAGAGAGCAACACCUAGAGAUCAGCCAAGAAGUUGCAGACCUGGCAAGUCCAGUUGGGAUGGUAAAUUUGUUUCCGAAAAGCCCUUUCCUGAUCGCAUGAAACCUGGAGACAUCAGGAGGAUUAAUAGGAGGUCAGGAACUGUGGAUAUCCGAGAAGUCACUGAGGACAAUUCGAUAAACGAGGCAGAUAUUUCAACAACUUCUUAUGUAAUUGAACACUCUUCUAGUGACAAGAGUUUCGUGGAUAUCAAGGAUCAUAACAUCUCUUCGUUGAUUGUUGAAAUUGAGGAUCAUCGAGAUGAUCAUAAGAUUUCUCCAAAACCAGAAAGUCCGGGGAAGAUACCUAAAGAAAGGGAUGUUAGGUCCACCAAACCAGGUUCAUCGACUUGGGAUGGUACUUUCGUUACAGAAAAGAGCCCUGAUCAGAAACCAGAAAGGAAGAAGAAUGUGAGUGAUACUACCUUGGAUCUUACAGAUACUGAAGUGACAAGAUCGUCCUUCAUAGUUCAGCAGUCAAAAACCCAUGAAAGUUAUAAGGAUUCAAAAAAUCUGGAUUUUUCAACAUCAGCUGUAGAAACAGUUGUCAUUCAGGAUGGCCAACCGGUAAUAUCGUCAAUUUCUAUAACCGAAGAUCAUCCAGUGAAGUUUGUCACAACCACAAUGAUUGACACUGAUUACAAUAGACCAACUCAUCAAAGAACACCAUCUGAUCAAAAAUCUCCAUUUGAACGGACACCUGUUGAGAGAAAGAAACCAACAAAUCAGGAAAGACCAUCAAGUCCAGAAAAAAGGGGGCCAACUCCCGAAGAGAGAUCUCAAAGACCCACUAAACCUGGAUCUUCAACCUGGGAUGGAUCUUUUGUUUACGAAAAACCAGAACCGAAAAAAUCAGAACCUAGAAAACCAGAGGAUUCGAAAACUGAUAAACCAGAUUCGAAACCUAAGUCUGUAGAUAUCAGGAAAUACCCCACAGAUAUAUUUGAUAAAACAAUGUCUUCUGUUGAUCGAUCCGAGUCAAGGAGUUCAAUUAAAGUCGAAAAAUCUUCAAUCGUGGAAUCAAAAAUCAUUGAUACUUCUGAGGUUUCAAGGACUACUGUGGUUGAUUAUCCGGAAGGAAAACCUGUAGAGAAUGGAAAAAGGCCCAAAAAAUUGACGGAAGAGCCUCAAGAUAAACCACGACGACCUGGAGAUUCAAGAUCAUCUGAAGGUGAGAGUCCUGAGAAAAGUCCCACUGGUAGAUCUGCUCGUCCAACAAAGCCUGGUUCUUCCACUUGGGAUGGUUCCUUUACUUAUGAAAAAGCUCAAGAUAAAAAACCAACUGAUGACACAAAACCAAAUGAUAAGAAACCUGAUUUAAAGAAGCCUGAAGACAAAAAACACCCAAAGGAUUCGAAGCCUAGUGAUUCGAGGAGACCUUCGAUUACGAAGGAAAUUGUUAGUACGACUGUCAAACAUAAUGUCAUUGACACUCGCGAUAUUACUUCCGAUACCGACGUAAUUGUUACGUCAGAGUUUGUGAUAGAAAAAUCAUCCAAUUUCACUGAAGUACAGGAUACCAGGAACAUCGUCGAAGAUCAUGUCAUUAGUGAAUUCACGAAGAAUAUUCAACAGGAUGAGAGAGAUGUCAGCAAAUCGACAACAGAGUUCGUUAAUCACGAGCAGCUGACUAGUAUGGUAGCGAGGGAUGUCGUUGAUGACACCCGAUUCGAAAAGAUCACAACCACUGGGCCAAGGUCACCGGCAGAAUCACCUCAAAAGGUCUCCCCGGAUCGACCUGGUUAUCCUAAAGGAACUGCGAAUCUCAAUGAUGAUAAGCCCAAAUCAAUACCAGCAGCUGGAAAGCCGAGUCGACCUCAACGACGAGAUGAAAGCCCACGACGAGUCGGAGAUAAACCGGGACCAAAGAGACCCUCUGAAACUGGACCGAAGUCUCCAGAAAAACCUCGAGAGCAUAUUUCGCCAUCAGAUAGACCUGCAGCUGGACGUCCCAGCAGACCAGAAAAGGAGCCAAAGCCCAGCAGAGAUGAUCAGAGUCCUGACUCCUUGGAAAAAGAGGAUAUUAGUCCUAAAAACGUCCCAGAUAUUCUUUCCAAAAUCCCCUUGAAGGAACAAUGCAUUUGUGAACUCUGUACUUGUGGCCGGCAUCGUUGUCCCCACAAUAGUUUCCCAGGGGAUCAUCUGGAGAUUCCUCAUGAUGAGCCAGUUCACACUGUCACUUCCUACAAGGAUGAAUAUGAUAAGAAGCACGUUGAAAGACAAACUCUAUACCGUCAAGAGGAUCAUUUGCAUAUGGAAGGAGAUUUCACUGGCGAACGAAGAACUGAUUAUGGUAUCACUCCAGGUGACAGAUAUCCCAUCAAAAAGCCAAAAGACAACCUCAAACCGGAAGGAGACUUUACCGGACGUCCCAUGGAGGAAGCCCCCAAGUUUGGAGAACGUGCACCCAUUAAGAAACCCAAGGAUAACCUGAAACCAGAAGGAGAAUUUAUUGGGAGGCCCAAGGAAGAAGCUCCGACCCGAGGUGAUCGGGCUCCUGUAAAAAAACCUGAAGACAACUUGCGGCCCGAAGGAGACUUUGAUAGUCUGACAACUACAGAGCUGGUUUUCACCGGGGUGUCCGGCGAAAGGCCAAGCCCUGCACGUCGAAACACCUACACUAAAGUCGAGGGAGAAUUCACUGACGAAACGACAUCUCGAACUGAAUUCAUCGAUCACCGAAGUACUCAACGUGCAGAGAUCAUUAGACGCACGGAUAAUCUGGUAGUAGGAGAGGGAGAAUUUACGGGAACCUCCCACGUAAAGGAAGACUUCCACAAUUUCGAGCUGAUUGAGCGUGAACCACAUCGUCGACCAACAUGGACCAAAGACGAUGUGAACCGAUUCUACGAUAGAACCGAUGUAUCUGAAAAUGUAACCACCACCCAUGAGGAAUUCCGCAACUUUGAUCAGACCGACUACAGGAGCACGCUUGUCAUUCGAAGAGAUGAUAAUCUGAAACCCGAAGGGCCUUUCGAGGGGAAACCGAAACCGAAAGAACACUUGCCUGUGAUAACAGAAAGAUCUACACCUCACAAGCCCAAAGACAACUUGAAACCAGAAGGUGUUUUUGAAGGGAAGCCAAAAGAUGAUUACACAACAAAAAGAGCAGAACGGCCUGAAGUGAAGAAACCUCUUGAUAAUCUGAGACCAGAAGGACCCUUUGAAGGAAGGCCUAAGGAUGAUUAUAAGCCUACAAAGGGUGAUAGAGUUGAUGUGAAAAGACCCAAGGACAAUUUGAAACCAGAAGGUCCCUUCGAGGGCAAACUCAAAGAUAAAUAUACUCCUGGAGAACGAAGACAACCGAUCAAACCUGAGGAUAAUUUGCGUCCUGAAGGAGAAUUUGAAAGACCUAGACAAAAACCUUAUGGUCCAGGAGAUCGAGCACCGAUCGUUCGUCAUCCAGAUAAUUUAUUCCCAAAAGGAGAUUUCCCUGAUAGAGAAAAACAUCCCUUCCAACCUGCAGAAAAAAGAACUCCCUAUAAACCAGAGGAUAAUCUAAAAUCCGAAGGACCUUUCGAGGGAACACCAAGAGAUGACUACAAACCUACGAAAGGUGAUAGAGCAGACGUUAAAAGGCCUAAAGAUAAUUUGAAACCUGGAGGACCCUUCGAGGGAAGACCAAAGGAUAAAUACACUGCCGGAGAACGGAGAAAACCAAUAAAACCUGGGGAUAAUUUGCGCCCUGAAGGUGAAUUUGAAAGGCCUAAACCAUCACCAUAUGGUCCAGGAGAUAGAGCUCCGAUUGUUAGACAUCCGGAUAAUCUAUUCCCGAAAGGAGAUUUCCCUGAUAAGGAAAAACAUCCCUUCCAACCAGCGGAAAAAAGAACUCCCUACAAACCAUCCGAUAAUCUUAAACCAGAGGGAGACUUUGAAAACAGGCCAAAAGAAAAAUACACGCCUGGAGAAAAAAGGCAACCUAUUAAACAUCCUGAUAACUUGCAUCCAGAGGGAGAGUUCGAAAGACCGAUUCCUUUACCAUACGGACCUGGAGACAGAACUCCGAUUAUUCGUCAUCCAGAUAAUUUAUUCCCAGAAGGUGAUUUUUCUGACAGAGAAAUGCAUCCCUUCCACCCUGCAGAAAAAAGAACUCCUAUCAAACCAGACGACAAUCUAAAACCAGAGGGGGAUUUUGAGGGAAGACCAAAAAACGAUUUCCUGCCCAAACGAUCCGAACGUCCGGAAGUUAAACGACCAGAAGAUAAUUUAAAACCUGAAGGUCCCUUUGAAGGAAGACCCAGGAAUGAUUAUUCACCGAAAAAAUCAGAUAGACCAGAAGCUAAAAAGCCAAAAGACAACUUGCAGCCGGAGGGAGAAUUUGAAAAAAGACCAAAGGAUAAAUAUACCCCUGGAGAAAGGAGACAUCCGAUUAAACCUGAGGAUAAUUUGCAUCCUGAAGGUGAAUUCGAGAGGCCUACAUCAUCACCUUAUGGAUCAGGAGAUAGAGCACCAAUUGUUCGACACCCAGAUAAUUUAUUCCCGAAUGGAGACUUCCCUGAUAGAGAAAAACAUCCCUUCCAACCUACGGAAAGAAGAACUCCCUAUAAACCAGAAGAUAAUCUUAAACCUGAAGGGGACUUCGAAGACAAGCCUAAAGAUAAAUUUACACCUGCAGAGAGACGGCAACCCAUUAAACAUGCUGAUAAUUUACAUACAGAAGGAGAUUUUGAGAGACCAAUUCCUUUACCAUAUGGGCCAGGAGAUAGGGCACCAAUCGUUCGUCACCCGGAUAAUUUAUUCCCGAAAGGUGAUUUUCCUGACAAGGAAAAGCAUCUCUUCCAACCAGCUGAGAGAAGAACUCCUAUAAAACCGGAUGAUAAUCUUAAACCAGAAGGAGACUUUGUUAGGCCUUCAAAAGAAGACGCACCUAAGAAAGGUGAUCGGGCUGAUAUUAAAAGACCAAAGGAUAAUCUCAGGCCUGAAGGUACUUUCGAAAGACCAGAAAAGACACCCAUCGGACCUUCAGAAAGAAGAACUCCGAUCAAACCCGAGGAUAAUUUGAAACCAGAAGGUGAUUUCGAAGGUCGUCCAAAGGAUGACUUCCGAGUUGUUCGUGGAGAAAGAAUGGACGUAAUCAAACGAACAGAUAAUCUGCAUAUAGAAGGGAUUCAGGAGGUGUCUAGAACUCGAGAUGAUUACAUAGAUUUUCUGGUUAGAGAACGUGUUGAUGUUAAGAGAUACGAAGAUAAUUUGCGAAUGGAAGGAGAGUUUACAGAUGUCAGAACUCGUGACGAUUUCAAAGUCGUUAGAGGCGAACGUGUAGAUGUUGUUAGACACGAGGAUAAUUUAAGACCAGAAGGACCGUUUGAAGGUCGCCCUAAAGAUGAUUACAUGCCAAAACGAGUCGAAAGACCAGAGAUUAAGAAGCCUAAAGAUAAUUUGAAACCAGAGGGUGAGUUCGAGAGGCCAGAAAAGAAGCCUAUGGGUCCAUCAGAAAGAAGAACACCGAUCAAACCCGACGAUAAUCUCAAACCAGAAGGGAACUUUGUUAGACGUCCUAAGGAAGACGCGCCAAAGAAGGGAGAUCGUGCGGAUAUCAAGAGACCAAAGGACAAUCUGAAACCUGAAGGUACUUUCGAAAGACCACAAAAGAUACCUAUGAAACCUGCAGAGAAACGUACACCAAUCAGACAUGCAGACAAUUUGAAACCGGAAGGCGAUUUCGAAGGGCGUCCAAAGGAUGACUACCAAAUUGUUCGUGGAGACAGAAUGGAUGUAGUAAAGCGAACAGAUAAUCUACAUAUGGAAGGGACUAUGGAGACAUCUAGAACUCGAGAUGAUUACACUAAUUUCCUGCUUACAGAACGUGUUGAAGUUGCGAGGUACGAAGACAAUUUGCGAAUGGAAGGUGAGUUCACCGAUAUGAGAACUCGGGAUGACUAUGUAGUUGUCAGAGGUGAAAGAGUUGAUAUUGUCAGACACGAAGAUAAUUUGCGACCAGAAGGUGAUUUCAUUCGGCCUGAGAAAAACAUUCCAAUAGGCCCAGCAGAACGUCGUACACCUUUCAAGCCUGAAGACAACUUGAAGCCAGAGGGAGAGUUCAUUGGUCGCCCUAAAGAAGAAGCGCCUAAAAAAGGAGACAGGGCAGAUAUAAAAAAACCUAAGGAUAAUCUCCAUCCAGAAGGAGAUUUUGAAAGACCACUGAAGAAUACAAUUGGACCUGCUGAAAGAAGAACGCCGAUCAAGCACCCCGACAAUCUCAAACCAGAAGGUUCAUUUACUAAAAGACCAAGGGAUGAAUCGCCCAAGAAAGGAGAUCGUGCUGAUAUUAAGAAACCUAAAGAUAAUCUGCGUCCAGAAGGAGUUUUUGAAAGACCUUCCAAAUCACCAGUUGGCCCAUGUGAGAGACGAACACCAAUUAGACCAUCUGAUAAUUUGCAUCCUGAGGGAGAAUUUGAAAGACCAGAAGCUCAUCCAUACGGACCAGGAGAUAGGGCACCGAUAGUUCGUCAUCCAGAUAACCUGUUUCCGAAAGGUGACUUCCCUGAUAGAGAAAAACAUCCCUAUAAACCAGCAGAAAGAAGGACUCCAAUCAAACCUACCGACAAUCUUAAACCGGAAGGUUCAUUUUCCAAAAGGCCAAGGGAAGAAUCACCCAAGAAAGGAGAUCGUGCUGAUAUUAAGAAACCUAAAGAUAAUCUUCGCCCAGAAGGAGACUUUGAAAAACCUUCAAAAUCACCAGUUGGUCCAAGUGAGAGACGAACACCAAUUAGACCAACUGAUAAUUUGCAUCCCGAGGGAGAAUUUGAAAGACCAGAAGCUCAACCAUACGGACCAGGAGAUAGAGCACCGAUUGUUCGUCAUCCAGAUAACCUGUUUCCGAAAGGUGACUUCCCUGAUAGGGAGAAACAUCCCUACCAACCAGCUGAAAGAAGAUCACCAAUUAAACCUACCGAUAACCUCAAACCAGAAGGUGAGUUUACUAAACGGCCAAGGGAUGAUUCGCCUAAGAAGGGUGAGAGAGCUCCAACCAGGAAACCAGUUGACAAUCUCCGUCCAGAAGGAGACUUCGAGAGACCUUCAAAAUCACCAGUUGGUCCAAGUGAGAGACGAACGCCAAUUAGACCAACUGAUAAUUUGCAUCCCGAGGGAGAAUUCGAAAGACCAAAAGCUCACCCAUACGGACCAGGGGAUAGAGCACCGAUCGUUCGCCAUCCAGAUAACCUGUUUCCGAAGGGUGACUUCCCUGAUAGGGAGAAACAUCCCUACCAACCAGCUGAAAGAAGAUCACCGUUUAAACCUACCGAUAACCUCAAACCAGAAGGUGAGUUCACUAAACGGCCAAGGGAUGAUUCGCCUAAGAAGGGUGAGAGAGCUCCAACCAGGAAACCAGUUGACAAUCUCCGUCCAGAAGGAGACUUCAAUAGACCUUCAAAAUCACCAGUUGGUCCAAGUGAGAGACGAACGCCAAUUAGACCAACUGAUAAUUUGCAUCCCGAGGGAGAAUUCGAAAGACCAGAAGCUCAACCAUACGGACCAGGGGAUAGAGCACCGAUCGUUCGUCAUCCAGAUAACCUAUUUCCGGAAGGUGACUUCCCUGAUAGGGAGAAACACCCCUACCAACCAGCUGAAAGAAGAUCACCGAUUAAACCUACUGACAACCUCAAACCAGUAGGUGAGUUCACUAAACGGCCAAGGGAUGAUUCACCUAAGAAGGGUGAGAGAGCUCCAACCAGAAAACCAGUUGACAAUCUCCGUCCAGAAGGAGACUUUGAAAGACCUUCAAAAUCACCGGUUGGCCCAAGUGAGAGAAGAACACUAAUUAGACCAACUGAUAAUUUGCAUCCUGAAGGAGAAUUCGAAAGACCAGAUGCUCAACCAUACGGACCAGGAGAUAGAGCACCGAUUGUUCGCUAUCCAGAUAACCUGUUUCCGGAAGGUGACUUCCCUGACAGGGAGAAACAUCCCUACCAACCAGCUGAAAGAAGAUCACCGAUUAAACCUACCGAUAACCUCAAACCAGAAGGUGAGUUUACUAAACGGCCAAGGGAUGAUUCGCCUAAGAAGGGUGAGAGAGCUCCAACCAGGAAACCAGUUGACAAUCUCCGUCCAGAGGGAGACUUCGACCGUCCAACAAAAUCUCCGAUUGGUCCUGGCGAGAGGCGCACUCCUAUCAGACCUUGUGAUAAUUUACAUCCGGAGGGUGAUUUCGACAGACCUCAGAAAUCUGCAAUUGGACCUGGUGAGAGAAGAACUCCUAUUCGACAGGAAGAUAAUCUACAUCCUGAAGGUGAUUUUGUUGGAAGACCUAAGGACGAUUACACGCCUAAACGUGGAGAACGCCCAUCCCAAAAGAGACCUAAGGAUAAUCUCAAACCUGAAGGGGAAUUCACUGGUAGAGCAAGAGAUGAUUACAAGCAGACUAAAGGUGAAAGGACCGAAGUUGUCAUCCACAAAGAUAAUCUCAAAAUGGAAGGAGAUAUCGACAUCCACACUUCGAGGGAUGAUUAUACUGUCACUAGAUCUGAAAGGAUGGACGUUGUUCGUCACGAGGACAAUUUAAGGAUGGAAGGUGAAUUUAUAGACAUCAGAAGACGUAAUGAUUAUUGUGUUACCAGAGGCGAGAGGACUGAAGUUGUUAGACAUGAGGAUAACCUGAGACCUGAGGGUGAUUUCGAGCGUCCAGAAAAAUCGCCAGUUUUCCCAGCCGAAAAAAGAACCCCUAUAAAACAUCCCGACAAUCUGAAACCAGAAGGUGAAUUCACAGGUCGUCCUAGGCCACAAUCGCCGACGAAAGGUGAAAGAGCAGUUGUCAAGAAGCCUAAAGACAAUUUGAGGACAGAGGGUGAUUUCGAGAUACCAGAAAAGGCGCCCGUUGGUCCUGGAGAAAGGCGUACACCUAUUAGACAUCCUGAUAAUCUUAAGCUAGAAGGUAACUUUACUGAUAGACCAAGGGCUGAAGCUCCCAGAAGAGGAGAUCGUGCCGAGAUAAAGAGACCUAAGGAUAAUCUCCAUCCUGAAGGAGAUUUUGAAAGACCUGCAAAAUCAACAGUUGGUCCAGGCGAAAGACGAACGCCGAUACGACAUCCUGAUAAUCUCAGACCAGAAGGUGACUUUGCUGAUCGGCCAAGGAAGGAUGCACCCACCAAAGGAGAUCGUGCCGAAAUCAAGAAACCUAAGGACAAUCUUCGUCCCCAGGGAGACUUUGAAAGACCUGCUAAGUCACCAGUUGGUCCAGCAGAAAGACGAACGCCGAUUCGUCAUCCUGACAACCUUAAGAUCGAGGGAGACUUCGAGAAGCCACAUCGAACUGGGUACACUCCAAGCAGUCCAACUCAGGUUUUGCCAAGUGAAAAACGAACUCAAAUUCGUCCGGAUGAUAAUCUUCAUCCGGAAGGAGAUUUCUACAUGAUUCCAAGGGAUGACUACACUCCAAAGAGAGGAGAAAGAGCUCCGGUCAGAAAGGCAGAAGACAAUCUGAAAACCAAUGGGGAUAUGCAAAUUACCACAUCUUCGAAGGAAGACUACAAAAUUAUCAAUGGUGAAAGGGUCCAAAAACGCCGACGAGAGGGUCAUCUACGAAUUGAAGGAGAGUUCGUUGAUAUUCGAAGAAAGGAUGAGUACAACCACGUCACUGGAGAACGCACUGUCAUUAAGAAGCACCCGGAUAAUCUGAGACCUGAGGGUGAUUUCGACAGACCUCAGAAAAGUCCAACUGGUCCUGGAGAGCGAAGAUCACCUAUAAAACAUCCCGAUAAUCUAAAACCAGAAGGAGACUUUACCGGCCGUCCAAGAGAUGACUAUGCACCCAGAAGAACAGAACGAACAGAGAUCAUUCGAAGGGAAGACAAUCUGAAGAUGACUGGUGACUUCCAGGACACCACUUCUCAAAAAUCAACUUGCACAGUUGUUCGUGGCGAAAGAGCAGAGAUAAAGCGUCAUCAAGACAAUCUGAAGAUAAACACUGGUGCAAUGGAGACGAACACCACUUCAAAGGACAUGUACUCUCCAACUAAAUCUCCCUCACCAACAAAAGAUCUUGUGCCUAACGAAAACACUGUAAAUCGCUCUCGACAUACUGAAUCAACCAUAUCUCUCGGCGAUGACACCAGAGUGAUGUCAACUACCAACCAACGGAAUUACAACACUUACACAAAACGUUCGGGCAAAGAAACGGCGAGUACUGUCAGCCAGAAGGAAUAUACAAAACAGGUUAUCACUGAACGUUAUCCUGAUCAGAGAUCAGAGUCUCCUAUUCAGACUGAGCGCAGACAUUCAAGCAGACAGAGAGAUGAUCGUUAUUCAGACGACUAUACACAAAGGGUCAACGAACAAAACCUGCGGACUCAGAAUCAAAUUAUCAGGGAUGAGUCGAAACAUUCCGAGAGACAACAUUUGGAAAAGCAGCAGGUGGAAAGACAGCGUGUGGAGCGACAGCAUGUGGAAAGUAGACACUCCCAAGAAGCUCUUACACAACAAAAAAUCGAACGUCAUCAGCAAGAGCUUUCCAGGCGUGAGAUCGUAACCUCCCAACGUUCUGAAAACAAGCAAUCAACCUCAAGCAAUCAAACCCGCCAAUCUUCGAAACUCACGCAGCAGACUGUUUCGAGCCAGGCUCGAUACAACGCAAAUCAAGCAAACAGCAGUGAAUUCAAGCAAACCAUAAGUGGCCAAGACGGCAGCCAACAGGAAACCCUAACAAAAACAAGUCACCACAGAAAAAGCAUCAUCUCCUCAUCAUCUGCAGAUGUCAGCAACGCAGUUCUUCAUCGACGGGGAGUCGUCUCAUCCACUGAAGCUCUCCACACAAUUUCUUCAACAGCAGCUGAUCAAAGAAAGAGUCUAUCAAACCUGGCCGAAAGUGGGCAGUUCAUCAGCAAUUCGACUCAAAGCAGCGACAGAAGAAGUCUCACAUCUCUUCAUCGCAGCAAUAAGGAAGUAAAUCCUUAUGCUUCUUCCUCCUACGAAAAACCUCAGCGAAUCGUUCGCCAAGAUAAUCUAACAGUUGGUGGAAAGUUCUACUCGCAAAGUGAGGCUAAAAAUUACGGAAAUUUCUCAACCCAGAAAGUUGAGAGGGUUCAAAAACAGAGUAACGUUUCGCACAUAAGUUUGGGCGACGGAAGCACUACAGGCUCAAGCAUGUAUAAAAAAGAGUUUAUACCCAGAGCUAGAGGACCCUGUCCUGCUGCACUUUUGGAAGCAAAGAAAGCUCCCUUUAAGCACACGAGGGACACUCCGAAACACAAAUUUUAUAUGCCGUUGGUCUCCAACUAAAAUCGUCUCUUGAAUCGCUAUACGAUUGGCUGUGAACUACCAGCUACGAUUUCUUUUUUACAUUUGAUUCUGCGUUGUUGUGUUCGACCAACCGUUGCUUUAGAAUCUUGGUUUAUGAGUUAAGAGAUAAUUUAGGAUAUAUGUUAUACUCGAAAACGCUGAAUAGAAUUGUAAAUCAAUAUAUUUAUUCAUUCCAUAGGUGGAGAGAUUGCUCACAUUUAUGUUCAUAAUAAGUUAUUUUUUGUUUAUUUAAUUAGAGAACUAAAUUUAAUAGUUUGAAGUUUUUUGAUCCAGCAGUUUCUCUCCACCUUGUUCAUAUACAUGAUAGAAUACUAAAAAGUAAUAUAAGAAGUUUAUUGCCGCUCAUAAAAUUCUAUUGCUGUUUGAAUAUUACAGAUACAUAUAUUUAUAUUCACCUACCGCACUAGUAAACACGAAAUCAAAUUGUGGAUAGAUUCAAGAGUCUAUUCGAGUUUGUAAACCAAAAAGUUUUAAAAACGUUUAAAAACUAAGGGGUAUUUUUACCUUAGGCAGCGUGUUUUACGAAGCAAUAACUAGAGCUUGAACCCGUGAUAACUUAGAAAUCGAAACAAUGUUCACUUCGAAUAUUAGCGUAGCAUGAAGUGUUCUUCAUAUAAUCAAUAUUAUUUUAUUCUCGUAAUUAUAUCACUACAUCAUUUUAAGUUAUUUUCUGAUAUUAAUUUACCCUUAGAUCUUUUUCAUAUGCUUCGGAUAAAAUAUAUUUAUUUAUCUCUGAAAGGAUUAAUGCAUAUCGGAAUGCUAUUAACAAUUAUUAUUUAGUUUGCAUUAUUAUUUUUCGACUAAAUAAAUAGUUUUU